AUGCGAUGUGGAGGGGCCCUGGCUCUGGGUCCCCGAACGUCGUCGACUACUCCAGGCACCAUGGGCGAGGUCCCGUUCUUCAGGGCGCACGCGGCCUUGCACCCGGACCACCUGUGGAUCUGGGCAAAGGCUGUGUAUGUGGACGAGAACCAGCGCACCUGGCUGCCCAUAAUCACCGAGACAGAAAGCGGCCUGCAAGUACUCAUGCGUCAGGAAGAUGUCCCCCUGGGGGAGGCUCUGUGCCCCAGCCAGCUGACCCCGUACCCACUGCCCCUCAUGUGGCAGCUCUACCCCGGCAGAAGGUACCGAGGCUCAGACUCCAGUUUCUGGCGCAUAGUGUACCACAUCAAGUUCAGCGGCAUGGAGGACAUGCUUCUGGAGCAGCUGCCGGACCCGGAGGAUGAGUGA